AUGGCAGGCCUCGGCCCUCGCCGUGAUGCUUCGGCUCGCAUCCAGAAGCCAGAUACAAGUCUUGAUCGCCUGGCGGCUCUCAAAGCUCGAGUGGCAGCAGCUACAGGCGCUAGUAAGGCAAAAGGGGACAUCAACUCUCUUCUUGAAGACCCAAAGUCACGAAACUCAUCCCUAGUUACUCGAGAUCUGCCCAUCAAAACCGCACAACCUCGCGCCCAGCAGCAUGCCGGUCAAUCACCUUAUCGUACACCUGCUGCUAACAGCCGCAAGUUCGGGCAAGCUAUGCAGAGCGAUGCCAUCGAUAACCCAUAUUUAGACGAGAAUCCGGCGCACCAAAGCUCCGGCGCCAGACAGCGAGAACCAAGACGCCUAGUGUUUAAUCAAAAAGGGAAAUAUAUUCAGCAGGCAAAUGCCCUUCGCCGACAAGCAGCACUUGAAGCAAUGAAAAAGCGCAUAGCAGAACAGACCAGAAAAGCCGGUAUCAACGAAGACCUAGAUGUGGAGAAGAACUUUGUAAUUGAGCAACCACCAGAUGUCGAGUGGUGGGAUGAGGGACUCAUCGAUGGCAGCAGCUAUGAGCAGAUUGGAAAUCCCUCCAGUCUCAAGAUAAUAAGCCCGGAUAGCAUUGUGACUGAGUACAUCCAGCAUCCUGUCGCGCUCGAACCACCCCAAGACCGUCACGUUCUAGAGAACAAAGCGAUGUUUCUCACGUCCAAAGAACAAGCCAAAAUCAGACGCCAGCGCAGAAUGGCGGAGCUGAAAGAAAUGCAGGCAAAGAUUCGCCUUGGGCUGAUACCAGCGCCUCCUCCAAAGGUGAAAAAGGGGAAUUUGAUGCGGGUGUUGGGCGAUGUUGCCGUAAAGGACCCCACGGCCGUCGAAGCGAGAGUCAACCGCGAAAUUGCGGAAAGGCAUCAGAAACAUGUUAAACUCAACGAAGAUCGAAAAUUAUCAAAAGAUCAGAAGAACGAAAAGCUAUCUAAGAAUCAAGAGAGAGAUGCUGACAAAGGAAUCUAUCUUUUGGUUUUCAAGAUUUCGAGCUUGGAAAAUGGCCAGCAUCGCUACAAAAUUGGAAUGAAUGCUACUCAACUUGCUCUGUCUGGCACUUGCAUCAUGCACCCUAAGUUUAACUUGGUUAUUGUUGAAGGAGGCGCUUGGAGCAUCAACAAGUACAAAAAAUUGAUGCUUAAUCGUAUCGACUGGACGGAGAAUUCACCUUCAAGGCGUGGGGAUGACAGACCCAACUCGGAAAGGGACUGGCUUCAAGCGGAAGAUCAAGAUGGGGCACUUAAGGAUAUGUCGUUGAAUGAGUGCAGGCUCAUAUUUGAAGGGGAGCAGAAAGCACGGGUUUUUCGAAGGUGGAGUAGUAAAGUAUGCGAGACUGACGCUGAAGCCCGGGAGGCGCUUGCUCGCGUAAAGCUAGAAACUUUCUGGUCCUUGGCAAAGGGCACGCUCGGCAUAUCUUGA